GUGACGCCGUUGGCAAAGUCCUGAAAUUUGAGCCUAUCGAGUUCGUUACUUGACGAAGCUUCAUUUUUUGGCGAGAUCCUCCCAUUUUGAUAUGCUGAGAACUUAAGUAUGGCUUGCUAGGAUAAACCCAAGAAGUUGCCGCCUCCUGUUAGGGAACGACCAACCUUAUUUGUCACACCUUUAACUCUAUAGCUAAUUCAAGUUACAUGUAUUUUUCAAAAUAUCAAAAUAUAUUAUGCAAUGCCCUAUAAUUCAUCACCGAUGUAGUCUUCUGUCUCUUCUAAUUAACGUGACAGAUAUUUUAGUUUAAGAUUUCUACUACUAUAUGUAUAUUUUAUAUUGGUAUUUUGAUAAAUGUUACUUUAGUGCGUAAAUAGUUUCGUAAAUCAGAUGGGCUGCUUGGCUCGAACAAGAUUUGUUUUGCUUCCCAGCAGGCAUUGCGAUGCGUUGCAAAAUUACUUUUGGAGAGGGGCGGGAGGUAGAGCUAGUUGAGUUGAUGGAAGUGUAUUAAAAUCUUUCCUGUAAAAGCAUUAUCUUGUGAUUUAGAGCAUUGUUAGCUGAGAAUAAUUUAUCAACCAAGAAUGGAGUCUGACAUUGAUCCUAAGCCGAUCGAAAAGGAUUCUGAGGAGAUUACUUCGUCACGACCCAGCCUGGACUUAGGAGACGUCGCGUUAGCACUUGUUGCAGAACAACACAGGGAAGUUGAAGCCGAAGGAAAGAAAAUGCUUCGAUCCUGGAAAGAUGUUGCAAGACGAGCACGUAUUUUUGAGUAUUGUAAUGUUGAAGAUCCUAAUGUGCCCACGCGUGAACCAUCAGAAAAUGAGGAAUCGAAGGAACAAAAUAGAACAAUCGAUUCCAAUGAACAUGGUAUCCUCGAGGAAGUUAGGCCAAGAGGUAGAAGUCAAUCGGUCACAAAUCCAUUUAAUUUUCCACAAAAGCCAAUCGAACAGAUUGAGAUGCUCAAAAAUGAAGUUGACCUAGAAAGAUUGGCUAAAAAUGAUGUACAGCAUGCUAAAAGAUCACCAAAGCACAGCCUAAGAAAACAACCACCAGAUUUGCCAAUGGCUAUUUUAGAAGAAACAGAAAACGAUAUUUUCGUCGAGGAAGGAGAAGAAAAAGGCAUGCAAAUAAUCGCCCCUCACUUUCAAAGACUUUCUUUAAUGGGAGACAAUGUUUCAGGGGUUCCUUUUCAUGAACUUUCUCAAGCCUCCCAACUGCUUUGUGAAGCGUUAUUCAUAAGAGCAAAAUACAUGGCCUUGAGCUUGCAAACAUUUUGCCCAACAACAGCACAAUGCAUUCAAAAGGCAGAUGAAGAUUACAAGUUAGAGAAUUAUUUUAAGAGACAUGAAAAGUCAAACUCUUGGUAUAAUUUAAAAAGAUCUGUGUGUGCACAUGAAGAACAUGAAGGUAUAAAAGCAGAUGGAAGUAUUUGGAAACCAUUCACCCAAGAAUUUCCAGAUGAUAUAGGGUACACAUUUGAGAUUGUAGAUGGCGUAUUCAGUAUAACUGGUUGCAAAAGAACUGUGAAUGGAAAACCCAAUAAGAAGAAAGAACCUGUAAUUCACCCAUUUCCAAGCAUAGAUGAAUUUAUUGAAGAUCAUAAUGUCAUGCUUGCAUUAUCAACCCAUGGACCAGUGAAAUCCUUUUCAUUUCGACGUUUGCAAUUUCUUGAAUCAAAAUAUAAACUACACUUGCUCCUGAAUGAAAUGAAGGAAAUUGCUGCUUUGAAAGAUAUUGCACACAGAGACUUUUAUAAUGUCAGAAAGGUCGAUACUCACGUCCACGCUGCAUCAUGCAUGAAUCAAAAACAUUUGCUAAGAUUCAUCAAGAAGAAAUCCAAAAAAUUUGGUGAUGAAAUAGUCAGCAAAGUGAAUGAGAAGGAUGCUACAUUGAAUGAGGUUUUUGAAAGUCUUGGCCUAAAUGCCUUUGAGCUGACUGUCGAUAAGUUGGAUGUGCAUGCUGACAACAAUACCUUCCAAAGAUUUGACAAGUUCAAUCUCAAGUAUAACCCAGUUGGUCAGAGUCAAAUCCGCGACAUCUUUCUGAAAACUGAUAAUGCCAUGCAGGGUAAAUACUUUGCUCAACUUAUAAAGGAAGUUCUAUCUGAUUUGGAGUUCAGCAAGUAUCAAAUGGUGGAGCUUCGAGUUUCCAUUUAUGGCCGUAGCAAAGAUGAAUGGGACAAGUUAGCAAAAUGGGCGAUUGCCCACAAUGUUUACUCGUACAAUGUCAGAUGGCUCAUUCAAGUUCCUAGGCUCUACGAUAUUUAUCGAUUGAAAGGGAUGCUAAAGAAUUUUGAGGAACUCCUUGAUAAUAUCUUCAGGCCCUUGUUCGAAGUUACCAUUGAUCCACAGACGCAUCCAGAAUUGCAUCAAUUUCUAAAACAGGUGAUUGGAUUCGACAGUGUGGAUGACGAAAGCAAACCAGAGGACAUUGUAUUCUCACAAUCAACACCGCGGCCAAAGGCCUGGACAUCAGAAAAGAACCCGCCAUAUGCUUAUUACCUCUAUUUCAUGUACUCCAACAUAGUCGUGCUCAACCAUUUGAGAAAAGAGCGAGGCUUCAACUUCUUCAGUUUGAGGCCACAUUGUGGCGAGGCUGGGCCAGUCCAUCAUUUGGUCACAGCCUUCAUGUUGGCAGAAAAUAUUUCUCACGGUCUUCUACUAAGGAAGAUUCCAGCAUUGCAAUACCUCUACUACCUUGCACAAAUUGGCAUCGCAAUGUCACCACUAAGCAACAACUCACUGUUUUUGAACUACCAUCGCAAUCCUCUUCCGGAGUACCUAGCACGUGGGCUUCAAGUUUCUAUAUCGACAGAUGACCCUUUGCAGUUCCAUUUUACAAAGGAGCCUCUUAUGGAGGAAUACAGUAUUGCUGCCCAAGUUUGGAAGCUAAGUCAAACGGAUAUGUGCGAAUUAGCGAGAAACAGCGUACUCAUGAGUGGAUUUGAGAAUCAGGUGAAAGCCCACUGGCUUGGUGAGAAUUUCUUUUUGGAUGGCCCUGCAGGCAACGACAUGUCGAAAUCAAAUGUUCCUGACAUCAGAAUAUCUUAUAGACACGAGACUCUGCUCGAAGAACUUGAUAUCAUUUGCAGUCGUGCAUGAAAUUGUGUAGAUGAUAUCAUAAUUUUUAUAUAGAUUUAUCUUUAAGGUUCCAGUGACCUUCCUUUAUAGGAAAAACUACUUUUUAGGCUCUUAUUUAAGUUAUUUUUGUUCCUUCUAUUGAAUCACUUUUCCUUUUCCUGAUAAUAUUUAUUUCAAUUUUUAUAUAACAUUUUGUGCGAUUCUCUUGUUUUGAUUUAUUUUAUAACUUCUUAUUUAUUGCACUAAGUUCCUAAAAAUAUUUCGACAAUACCUCGAUUUUUCGACUGAAGUACCGAGUCAUUAAAAACAGGUACUAUUUUUCUGAAUAAGCAAGUGGGCCUUUCCGAGUAAGUGGUGAAGUGUUUUUGAAAACUGUUUUGCUAUUGAUGAUACCAAAAUGAAAUCAAGGGCACCUAGAGCAUCAAGGCCGAUUUCCCUACGCACCAACAAAUUCUUUUAGCGUACUUCUUUGUGGCUCCACGUCGGCUAGUUCCCCUAUGUUAUGCCCCUUCAAAAUUUUAGUGUUUUUACCCAAGGAAACCAAUUUUAUGUAACAGCGAACCAGAGCCCAAAGCCUAAUUUGAAGAAAAUAUACUACCGCUCGUUAGUUAUUUUGCAGCAAACAUUCCAUUUGCAACACUGCAACAAUAUAAAGCAAAAAUGUAGACUUUUCUUUUUCUUAGAACAUUUUCAAGAACUACAUCACCGUGCUCUAAUUAUUUUUGCACCUUUGUUGAGAAUGAUUAAUGUAAAAAUCGAGAUUGAUAAUGUAUAUCUAGUCAAAAAAAUUGUAUCACAGUAUUUUAUUAUAUUGGCAUUGCUAUUUUUAAAUAUUUUAGUAAUACUGUUUUUAGCUCGUAUUUAUUCUUAUAAACCGAAGCUUAUGUUCUCUCAUAUUCCAUCCAG